GGCCAGCGGUGCGGGGAUUUUAAAGGCCGACCCUCGUUGUGUAUCUUCUACGGGUCGCCCACAAAGGGCGCUUGCUUUUUCGGCGGGCCGCCUGCGCAGCAGUCGCUGCCUCCAUCCGAGAUGGCCACAGGAGACAUCAGAAACAACCUGAAAAUACUGAGCGCCGAAAUACGCAGUGUCAAGACUCCGGCGGCGAUCGUGAACCUCGAUGGGAUGAUGAGUGGGGAGGCGGACGUGUACCUGCCGAUCUACGACUACCUGUUCCAGUGGUACAACACAAAGCUGGCCAAUGAGAUCCUGCGCAGGGACCUGAAGCUGCCCCCGUACAAGCACAACAAGACCCGCUUCCUGGAGACCAUGUACCUAGUCCUGCGGGAGCUCUUCCAGUGGAAGCCGCCCCUCAGCACCGCACAGUUCUUCUCCACGGGCUUUGCAGAGAAGAAGAUCAUCAUGUGCAGCAACAUCAUCAAGCUCAUCAAAGACUACAGCGGUGGUAUGCAGAGGGCAGCCGCAAGCCACGCAGGAAGCUCGAACAGCAACAGCCUGAGGUUGAAGCCAUCGACACGACCACCCCUGAAAAGUGGAACUGUUGGCCACAAAACCCCUUUGCCACAGACUACGACCAAUGGAACGCAGAGCAGAGAGAAACCUCCACCUUCUUCGAAAGCUGUCCUGAGUGCCAAGAUUGACUCGCUGCUUCACCACCUGAUGGAAGUGCAGAGCAGCGUGAAGCUGCUGAAGGACCAGAUGCUGCUCGUGAUGAACCAGACGGAGUCCAUGCUUGACAAGGUGCUGCCCGUGGUCACCGAGAUUGUGGACGAGCUCUACAAGAAGGAGGCGGCCGAAGCGAGGUCGGAGCUCGAAUUGAGCAACAAAGAUGCUGCUGAGGGCAGGGGGGACGUCCUCCGAGAAAAGGGCGAAGUCCUCGUUGAUGACUGAGGCCUAAGACAGGGUUGCCUCCACUUCGCCCAUGCCUGCAGCCCAUUUCCGACUGGUGUGUUUACCGUUUCCAAAUGAGUGGUCUCUCGAUUUCCACCUAACGACGCCAUUACAGUUACCCUGGCGGGGUCACAUCUGCGGUUGUGGAUGUGACUGAAGCCUGUUCUGCUCUGGGCGGCUCUCCAGCUUAAAAGUCCGCCGGAGCUUUGGCAGCUGGAGUUAGGACGCCGCGACGAUGGCGACGCUCACCUUCCCUCGUGCUUUUUUUCGGAGCUAGGAGCUGACAGCGCGACACUCCGGCUUUCGUGAGGUCAUUCGUUGCAACUUCGGGACCACUUUCGAUGCACGGGUGGAAUAGGAUGCUAAGCACACCGGUAGGAGAGGCAAUCCAGGCACUGUACCUCUACUCGUGUUGCACGUCGACCGACGCAGCUAGACCUAUUUUUUACGCUGUCUCUAGUUGUAGAAGUGCGGCCUUCUUUUCUUUAAGUUCCUGACCAGGGUACGCUACAAAUCUGCCUGACCUCUGCCAUGUGGAGAGUUGUGACUUACUACAAGGUACACACAUCUUGUCAUUUACAAUUUUUUUUAUUUUUGUGCGUGCAGUGUUUUAAUGGAGCAUUUGUGCUUGCUGGAAAGUAAACGUUUUUACAUGCUUC